AAACGAAUUCUUGCGCCUUCUUGACUGCUGGUAGAAUUUAUCCACCAUUUUGUUUAUUUUCACAUGAAGAAGUCUAAAAUCACCGCUUUAAGAAAGUGUAAGCGUAAAGGAAGUUAGUGCAGUUUAUUUAAGAUGAAACAACUCUCAAGUUAAUUCGUCGUUAUAUAAAUAUAUAUGAAUAUAUGGCGCUCCCCUCUUUUUGAGGGUUUAGGAAAUCGCAGACAUUGGGCGCAUCGCAAGCAAACACUUUGUCAAAUUGACCACCUUGUCCGGUCAUCGAAAUAGUACACAGAAAAAGUGUUUGACGUUACCGAAUAGUGAUAAACAUAUUAUCUUAAACAACAGUAGUGUAAAACUCAUGAAAAAUAACUUCGCUGCAACUGUCAAAACUGUAGAUCAACCAUUGACUUAUCAAGAAAAUUUAUUGACAAAGGAUCCUCUUUUGACAGACACAAUAAAGGAUAUGCAUCAAAUGACAGCUUUUCAAAGAAGAAAUCAAAUGCGUGAAGAAAUUGAAGAAAUGGAUACUCAAGAUGUCGACUCGGUGGACUGUCUUCCAGACGAAGGCAGUGGUGAUAUGCGGGCUCCCAAUGGGGAUGUUUUGAUGGGUCCUCAAAAUCAAGAGCAGGCUGCUGCAUCUUUACAAGAUGCAGAAAUGGAAGAAGAUGAAUCAAGAUCUGAAGCAUUAUUUCAGUUUACAGUAAAUAAUUUUUCAAGACUGAAAGAUUCCGUUUUAUCACCACCAUGUUAUGUAAGAAAUUUGCCAUGGAAGAUUAUGGUUAUGCCGAGAUCCAACGCCACUGCAGAUCGACAGCAACAAAAAUCAAUGGGGUUUUUCUUGCAAUGUAAUGGAGAAAGUGAUUCAUCAUCUUGGUCUUGUUAUGCUAUUGCUGACUUAAGACUCCAUUCACAUAAGCCUGAUCAAGUACCUUUCUCAAGAAAGAUUCAGCAUUUAUUUUAUAGUAAAGAAAAUGACUGGGGUUUCUCACAUUUCAUGUCUUGGAAUGAUGUUUUAGAUCCAGACAAGGGUUAUGUUAAAGAUGAUUCAAUUACCUUAGAAGUGCAUGUAGCCGCCGAUGCCCCACAUGGGGUAUCAUGGGAUUCAAAAAAACAUACCGGAUUUGUAGGCUUGAAAAAUCAAGGAGCAACAUGUUAUAUGAACUCAUUACUCCAAACAUUAUAUUUUACAAAUCAGCUUCGUAGAGCAGUUUAUAAAAUGCCUACAGAGUCUGAUGAUAGUAGUAAAUCUGUAGCCUUAGCUUUGCAACGAGUUUUUCAUGAGCUACAAUUUUCUGAUAGACCAGUAGGAACAAAAAAAUUGACUAAAAGCUUUGGGUGGGAAACUUUAGAUUCUUUUAUGCAGCAUGACGUUCAGGAAUUUCUUAGGGUAUUAUUAGAUAAACUAGAAAGCAAAAUGAAAGGAACAUGCGUUGAAGGAACCGUUCCCAAACUUUUCGAAGGAAAAAUGUCAUCCUACAUCAAAUGCAAAAAAGUUACCUGCACCAGUACAAGAGUUGAAACUUUUUAUGACAUACAAUUAAAUAUAAAAGGAAAAAAGAAUAUUGAUGAGUCAUUUAAAGAUUAUGUGGCUACUGAGACCUUAGAAGGUGAAAAUAAAUAUGAUGCAGGCGAGCAUGGCCUUCAAGAAGCAGAGAAAGGUGUUAUAUUUGCAUCUUUUCCGCCUGUACUACAUCUUCACUUAAUGAGGUUUCAGUAUGAUCCCAUUACAGAUAGUUCAGUCAAAUUUAAUGACAGAUUUGAAUUCCAAGAGCACAUCAAUUUGGAUAGCUACCUACAGGAACCAGAAUCAACACCUGCUGACUAUACUUUACAUGCAGUUCUUGUACAUUCAGGUGAUAAUCAUGGUGGACAUUAUGUAGUUUUCAUAAACCCGAAAGGCGAUGGAAAGUGGUGUAAGUUUGAUGAUGAUGUGGUGUCAAGGUGUUCCAAACAAGAAGCUAUUGAACAUAAUUAUGGAGGACAUGAUGAAGAUAUGAGUUUAACUGUAAAACAUUGUACAAAUGCAUAUAUGUUAGUUUAUAUAAGGGACUCAGCUUUGCGGACAGUUCUCCAGGAAACAACAGAACAAGAUAUUCCCACAGAAUUAGUAGAAAGGCUUGCUGAGGAGAAAAGACUCGAACAAGUUCGAAGGAAAGAGAGAAAUGAAGCACACUUAUAUAUGACUGUUAAUGUUUUACUUGAAGAUGCUUUUGAUGGCCAUCAAGGCAAUGAUUUAUAUGACCCUGACAGGGCUAGUUAUAGAGUAUUCCGUGUAAGAAAACAAGCAUCAUUACAGGAACUUAUGGAUAUAUUUUCUGAAAGUUUUAAAUAUCCCCAAGAUCAAAUAAGACCUUGGCCAUUAAGUGCACGAUCAAAUCAAACAUGUAGGCCUACCGCACUAGAUAUUGAAAAUGAUAUGCAAAAAACUGUGUUAGAUGCUGCUGAUAAUCAAAACCCAUGGAAUAUUUUAGUAGAAUUAUUACCUCCAGAUUCAGGUUUGACGUGUCUACCUCCAUUUGAUAAAGACACAGAUGUUUUGCUAUUUUUCAAAAUGUAUGAUCCUCGUAAUAAGAAAAUUCAUUAUUGUGGCCAUCAUUAUUUACCAGUAUCAUCAAAACUGAAGGACCUCACACCACUUUUGAAUAAGAGAGCUGGUUUUCCUCCAAAUACUGAGCUGGUAUUGUAUGAAGAAAUUAAGCCCAACAUGAUAGAAAAAAUAGUAAACUAUAAUGAUCCUCUUGAAAAGGUAUUAGAAGAACUGAUGGACGGUGAUAUUAUUGUCUUUGAAAAGAAAGAAGCUUCGGAGCAUAAUUUAGAAUUACCAACCUGUCAAGAUUACUUCCGUGAUUUGUAUUACAGAGUCGAAGUAACAUUUAUAGAUAAAACUAUUCCAAAUGAUCAAGGAUUUACUAUCGAUUUAUCACAGCGUAUGACAUAUGAUCAAAUGGCUCGUGCAGUUGGACAGAAAAUCAAUGUAGAUCCAUAUUUAAUUCAGUUUUUCCGUGUUCAAAAUUACAAAGAUGUUCCUGGUCCACCACUAAGAUGUAAUUUUGAAGGAAUGUUGAAAGAUAUGUUAAUGUAUUGCAAACCCAAAGGACCUAAGAAAAUAUUUUACCAACAAAUUUCAAUUAAAAUAAAUGAGCUAGAGAAUAAAAAGCAAUUUAAAUGUUUGUGGUUAGGUCUGAAUAUGAAAGAAGAGAAAGAACUAGUUUUAUAUCCAAAUAAAAAUGGAACGGUUUCGACGCUUUUAGAAGAAGCCACAAAAGUAGUAGAAAUGUCGGAAAAUGGAUCUGGGAGAUUAAGGCUUGUGGAAAUUGUUGGAAACAAAGUUGUUCCUGGGCCUCAUGAGGAGUUUCCUCUAGAGAAUUUGGCAUCUAUGGCUGAUGGUCAUGUCACCAACACAAAACUUUAUAGAGUAGAAGAAAUUCCUCAAGACGAAUUAAAUUUACAGGAAGAUGAGAUGUUAAUAUCAGUAGCUCAUUUUCAUAAAGAAGUUUAUUCUACUUUCGGCGUACCCUUUUUUGCCAAGGCUAAACAGGGUGAACCAUUUGCCAGGUUAAAGGAGAGAUUACAAAAGAGAUUGGGUGUGCCAGAUAAAGAAUGGGAAAAAUUCAAAUUUGCUAUAGUAUCAUUAAAUAGACCACACUAUAUAUCGGAUGAUGAAUGUAUAAAUCUGCAAGAUUUUAAAACAAGCCAAAAUCAAAAUACAGCUCCACGACCAUGGCUUGGUUUAGAACAUAUAAAUAAAACACCAAAAAGGUCAAGAUUCAAUUAUCUGGAGAAAGCAAUUAAAAUAUAUAAUUGAGUUAAGAGGUACGAUUCCAUAAUAGGGUAUGUGGGAUAUGAUAAGACAAGCUAUUAUACAAUACUUGUAGAUAUUUUUAUAUUUAUAUAUGUAUGGAAAAUUGAGGUAAUGUGUACAUAUAUAAAUAUGUGAAUAUGUGUGAAACAGUGUAUGCCUAUGUGCAUUGCUACUUAUAUAUUGAAAAUAAAAAUAGUAA